UCUCAGCACACACUCAGUCCUCUGCUUCUCAUCAGCCUCCAACUUUCUCCUCUGAGGGAUUUUUCUCAGGACUUUUCUCUCAGCUAGAAAACGAAGAUGGUUCUGUCCCAGAGGAACGGCGCCCUGCUGCUGCUUUUUGUGGCUGCAGUUUGCAUGGAGUUCUAUCAAGCUCAACACGUCGUGGGAAUCCGCUGCAAAUGUCCCUCCUUCAGCAAAAUCCAGAAGUCCAACUUCACAGAUUUCCAGGUGACGGAGGCGCGGGCCGGCUGUGAUCGGGUGGAGCUGACUGUGACCCGGAUCAAGCUGGACAACUCCACAGAAACACUGUGCAUAAACCCAAAGAGGAGACUUGGCUUACAAAUCCUCAGCUGCUGGGAAAGGAUAAACAAAGACAAGAGCCGUAAGAUGGAGUGUCUGGACAAGUAGUGGAGGCUGGAAGACAGGGCCUCCGAGGACUGAAGCACAGGGGCCCCAGGAACGCCGAGGGCCGGACAUUUAACUGAGCCCCCAGUCUGAGAGGGGACUGGGACUGACUGGGACUGACUGGGACUGACUGGGGAGGCGGCGGAGCGCUGGGAGGAGACGAUUAACAGCCGGGACGCCGGAGACGGAGAGAAUCUGUGGAAUUGAACAGAAAGAGUUUCAUGUACAGCACUAUAGCAGCAAGUCUGUUUGAAACGAAGCACUGCCAAAAUGUAAACUCCUUCGUUUUUCUCUGCUUCACUGUAAUAUUUAUGCUGAUUUAUUUAUUUUUUUACAUUUCUAACAGCUCAAAUUUUUUAUAUGAAUGUGGAAGAAAAUAAAGAAGGUUUUGAUAAAA